UUACCCGGAACAACAACAGUCUGAUAAACAACAUACACAUGACUUUAGUUUCUGCAGUAGGAGUUUGAACUGUUUGAAAAUAGUCUAUGUUAUUUGCUCUAUCCCGUCGACUGUGUGUGUUUAGAGUGAACAAGAGUCUUUGACAUAACCUCAGUGUCUUAUUUAAGUGUCUCUUGUCUCCAUGGGUUCCUCUGCUCGUCUUAGACUUUACAUGAAUGAUAAUGGACCAUUAAUCCUGGAUGGUGGACUGGCGACUGAGCUGGAAGCGCAAGGAGCCAAAUUACAGGGAGAUCCUCUGUGGAGCGCCAGGCUCUUGCAUACCAACCCUCAGGCCAUAAGAGACGCUCAUCACAGGUUUCUCCUCAGCGGUGCUGAUGUUAUCACAACAGUUACGUAUCAGGCGAGUAUCACAGGGUUCAUCGAUCACCUGGAUGUGAGCUGUGAACGUGCCCGAGAGCUGCUGAUGUCUGGAGUUCACCUGGCCAAAGAGACGGCAGAGACAUUUGUCUGUGACGCUCGUCCAGCAGGGCAGAGAUGUCCCCUGGUGGCCGGCUCUGUUGGACCGUACGGGGCCUUUCUGCACAACGGCUCAGAGUACACUGGGGCGUAUGCACAGGAGAUGAGUAUUGAAGAGUUUAAAGUUUGGCAUCGUCCUCAGAUCGACUGCUUGGCAGCAGCAGGAGCUGAUCUCCUCGCUUUCGAGACAAUCCCCAGUAUCAAAGAGGCGGAGGCCCUGAUUGAGCUGCUCAGAGAGUUCCCAGACUCUAAAGCCUGGCUCUCCUUCUCCUGUAAGGAUGGGACGUGUAUAUCAGAUGGCAGCUCCUUCAGCGACGCAGUGCAGAUGGCGAACAGAUGCACGCAGCUGGUUGCUGUCGGAGUCAACUGCUGCUCCCCAGCGCUGGUGGAGCCGCUGCUGCAGUCUGCAAGGUCGCUGCUGAGCCCGGACAUGAGCUGGGUGGUGUACCCGAACAGUGGAGAGGACUGGGACUCUGAGCAGGGGUGGCUGACAUCAGAGAAAACAUCAGCAUCGAUAUCUGAACUGGGUCACACAUGGAUGAAACAAGGUGCUGCUUUGAUAGGGGGCUGCUGUCGCAUCGGUCCCGCUCACAUAGCAGCGUUACGGCGAGAGUUAAAAGGAAGUUGCACGUCUCCAUCCUCGGCUGUGUGACUGGACUGGAAGCAGUGAUUGUGGUGAAGAAAGAUGUCUGUUGCAGGAGUUUAUAAAAAGAUCUUAAUUUAUUGUAAAAUAAAUAAAUAAAUCACUACAUCAAAUCACACAAUGACGUCUGUGUGGGGUCAAAGGUGAACAGA